AUGCGCCAGGAGCAACAGGCUCAGCAGGAAGCUCAGCAAACUCAGUUGCCAGAAACCGAGCCAGGAGUUGGUGUGACUCAGGUUGAUGAUGCUGAUACUGCUGGUGUUUCUAUACCUGCCCCCGUUUCUACGCCUGGCCCCGAACCUCAUGCAGACCCGAAACAGGAGAAAAAGAAAGCCGAGCUGUCCCCUGAGGAGCUUGCGGAGAAGAAGAGAAGAAGGGUUUACCGCUGGAAGAUCAUUUUCGGUCUCUUUUUCCCCUUUGCCCUGCAAGCUCUCGAUACCACCAUUGUGGCAUCGGCCUUGCCAUUCAUCGCAAGGGAUUUCGGCGAACUCAAGCAAUUGAACUGGAUCAUUUCGGCCUUUAAUCUGACGUCGGCGGCAUUCCUAUUCUUCUGGGCACAGCUGACGGACCUCUUCGGCCGAAUUACCACCAUCCUUGCUGCCACCAUUAUCAUGAUGGUUGGUUCCGCCAUUUGCACCGGCGCGCCGACCUCCGUCUACGGUGUAUUAUUGCUCGGGCGUGCCCUGCAAGGCGUCGGGGCUGCAGGGGUCAACAUCUCCAUCCGCACGAUCCUAGCAGAUCGCGUAUCAUUGCGCGACUAUGCUCUGAACUGGACGAUUUUCAGUCUUGUGGCUAGUAUCAGUUUCAGUAUUGGCCCCGUAAUCGGCGGCUACUUGACUGAGGCCUCGUGGCGGUGGUGCUUUGCGAUCAACCUUCCCGUCGGUGUUCUGGCCAUUAUCUUGAUCUUGUUGCUUCUCCGUGGGGAGCUUCUCGGACCGCAAGACUUACCAGAGCUACAAGGGCAUGAUCUUGCCACGAAACACGGUCGGUUCCUCGCUCGUCUGAUGACUAUUGACUACGGUGGCCAGCUGCUGUUUCUUUGGGGCUUUGGACUGCUCAUCCUUGCGUUGACUUGGGGCGGCGGUACCUUCGGAUGGAGCUCGGCUGCCGUGGUGGCACCGCUCGUCAUCGGCGCUGUCCUCGCAAUCUCCUGGGUCGUGUAUGAGUAUCUGAUGUCACCGGGGCAGUUGAUGUCGCGUCUGUUUCACUUUCAGAGGGCAAUGGUGCCCUGGAAGUUGCUGUCACAGCGAGACAUUGGCUUGCUGGUGUAUAUAAACUUUGCAGUCGGCAUGUCCAUGUUUGCUGUGAUGUAUUUUAUGGACCUGUACUUUGCCAUAGUUGAACAGCAAAGCGCGGGCAAGGCCGGGACUUCGCUACUAUAUUUCCUGCCCGGGCUUGGAGCCGGUGCCUACAUGGCCAUGUUCUCGUCGAAUAUCUGGCCCCGCCAGACCCUUCCAGCGCUGCUUCUCGGCGGCACCACUUCCGCCGUGGGGAUGUCGGUGAUGGCCUACGCCGUCCACGCGCAGAAAAACAGCCUAGUCUACGGCAUGAUGGCCCUCAUCGGGCACGGCGUCGGGAUGCGCAUGAAUCCCGGGUCCGUCCACGGGCUGGCGUUCUUCCCCAAAAACACCGCCUCGAUUACCUGCCUCGUGUCUUUCGCAAUGCCCUUUGGCGGUCUUGUCGGGCUGACGGUCAUGACCACCGUAUACACGAACAAGAGUGGCCCGAGUAUAGCCGGGCAGCGGGAUGCAAUCAAGUGGGCGUUCAUCUCGAUGAUCCCUUUCAUGUGGCUGGGUGUUCUUUUGACGACUUUCCUCGGCAACGUUUGGAUCUCUAAGACUGGCGGCCAUGAGGUCGUGCACGGGGCAUACCUGUGGAGUUUCCUGACGCGCAAAAAGUUGGCCCGAGAGCACAUCUCGCAUACGAACGAUUUAGGCCAAGCGUCUGUGGCCGCUGAGAAGACGGGGGAUGAAGAAACCGGAUCGUGA